GAAUUUGCCUUUAUCCUCCUCGCAGAUUCCGAGGCGUGGUCCCGAUAGUCUUUAUGCUUUUCCAUACUCUGAGGACAUUCGAAGGCUUCGACCGACUUCAUUAUGUGCAAAGCUAGGCCGACGUACAUUCUACAAAUGUGUAUUCUUACAACAUGGAACCAUCCCUACAACCAAGAAGCAUGAAAAAAUCUCAUUCAGACGGCAUCCUUGA